GGCGCGCCCAGCUGCAGACGAGCGUCAUGGCUGCUUGGAGACCGCCCCGGGUCGAGGAGCUGCUGGCCGAGGCCCGCCGGGCCUUCAUGGAGGAGUUUGGAGCCGAGCCGGAGCUGGCCGUGUCGGCGCCGGGCCGCGUCAACCUCAUCGGGGAGCACACGGACUACAACCAGGGCCUGGUGCUGCCCAUGGCACUGGAGCUUGUGACCGUGAUGGUUGGCAGCCCCCGGACAGAUGGGCUUGUUUCUCUUCUCACCACUUCCAAAGAUGCAGACGAGCCCCAGAGACUGCAGUUCCCACUGCCCUCAGCCCAGUGGUCCUUGGAGCCUGGAAUCCCACAGUGGGCCAAUUAUGUCAAAGGAGUGAUUCAACAUUACCCAGCUUCCCCGCUCGUUGGCUUCAGUGCAGUGGUGGUCAGCUCAGUGCCCCUGGGGGGUGGGCUUUCCAGCUCAGCUUCUCUGGAAGUGGCCACGUACACCUUCCUCCAACAGCUCUGCCCAGACUCGGGGGCAAUAGCUGCCCGGGCCCAGGUGUGUCAACGGGCUGAGCACAGCUUCGCAGGGGUGCCCUCUGUCAGAAUGGCUAAGGUCAGUAACACAUGUGACAGCUCUGCUGCUGAGGCUGUGGUACAAGGGGAGCGCUCCUCCACUGCUGGUGGAAAUACAAACCUGCACAACCACUGUGGAAAUCAAUAUGACAGCUUCUCAGAAGACUGA